AGAAGGCGCAGGCGGCGGGGUCAGCUUCCCUUCUCCAGAGCUAAGGAGAGAUGGGGAAGAGGGUGGGGCUCUUGGACCAUCUAGAAAUGCUUGGCAGGGUUUUAAACCUUCCCAGCACCACCCAGACUUCACUCGAAAAUGUGUCUUUCGAGCCCCAAGGAGUUCAAAGGCAUUUACUAAGCACCUGCCUAAGUGCUCGGUAGUGAGCUUGGUGCUGUGAGGAAGACAAGAUGAAUUGAACCUGAGCUUAGUCCUCAAGGAGCUUGACUGGCCCAGAGGAGAGAGAAGCUCAAGGGAAAUGGAGAAACUGAGGUACAGAGAUUAAGGAACUUGCCUAACAUCACAUGCUGGUGAAGCCAAGCAUGCAUUGUGGAAUGUGAUGAGCUCUUUGAGAAAGACAGGAAGUAGGACUGGACAUGAGGCUCUCGUAGGGCUGAAGAUGACUUGAACCUUGCCAAUGGACCUGAUUGGUUUUGGUUAUGCAGCCCUGGUGACAUUCGGAAGCAUUUUGGGAUAUAAGCGGAGAGGUGGUGUUCUGUCUUUGAUUGCUGGUCUUCUUGUUGGAUUUUUGGCUGGCUGUGGAGCUUACCGUGUCUCCAAUGACAAGCGAGAUGUAAAACUGUCCCUGUUUACAGCUUUCUUCCUGGCCACCAUAAUGGGAGUGAGGUUUAAGAGAUCCAAGAAAAUCAUGCCAGCUGGGCUGGUUGCAGGUUUAAGCCUCAUGAUGAUCCUGAGACUUGUCUUACUGCUGCUCUGAGAAUCCGCAGGAACUGAAAAGGAAAUUUGAGUCAUUCUGCUGUAAUGGGCAGAGCCUACUCUUUGUAUUGAAAAGAUAAAUUCCAAUAUGGAAUGUUCACCGUGGUCUUAUUUUAUGGUAGAAACUGCAAAAGAAACACUGUCACCUCUAAUAUGGACACUGGUUUGAGGGAUUUUUUUUUUUAAACAAAUGGUUUAACUGUUUUCUAAUUGUCAGGUACUGGUUUCAUUAAAGAUAUUUAAUAAAUCGUGAUACACUGUUUGAUUUGCUGUGUCAUGUGGUUUUUGUUUGUUUUUUGGUUUUUUGGGGUUUUUUUGACAGUUCCAAAUACUCAUGUCUGAAAUAAGCUUAGAUUAAACUAUACCUUACAGAUGAUGGAAUGCCCUAAGUGGGCUUCAAAGAAUGCUAAUGUAUCUAUUUGUCAUUUGUGUUAUAUUUAAAAUUAUUUUUUUUCCAUUUUAAUUGUAUUGCUACCAGUGUUUUUUCUUUCUUUAAAAUACUUCAUCCUCAGCACAC